AUGUUACGCUUUGACGAACAUUUUAUUCGUGGUCCACUGGGUAGGCAUGCUGGGAGUAAUAAGUACUGGCCUCAUAUUGAUGAUAGAACUGGAGCACUUUGUACUAAUCAAGGCAGACAAGCUACAGGUCCUAGCGAAUGGCAGUAUAUUGUAGACGGUAUCAAAGAUUUGGACGAGGAAAUUAACAUAGAUGAGCCUUCCUGGAUAGAAGAAGUGAAAAGUAAGUUCCAGCAGUUCAUGGAAGAUUAUGAGCGAAAGCAAACUGUAUCCGCUGUUCCGGAGAGUUUUAUGGCCAAUGGUAUAUGUGAAAAAGCGUCCCUGCGCUUUGAUCUGAAUACUGUACUGGCUGGACCUCCUGUAAAUGUAAAGUUCUAUCAGAUGAACCCCGGUUUAGGAAAAAGAAGUAAGAGGAUUAUCAGUUCUUCAAGUGAGGAAAUUGAGCCUGCUGUAGUAAAGAGGAAGUGGUCGGGUACUGAAAGCAACGAAAGCACAGAAAUCGGAGUUGCCUCGCCAGCUUCGCGUCGUGAAAUUUCAUCUUCGCGCAAACGAAGUUUUGUGCCACUUGGGAUGCAGUCCUCUGAUGAAGAGGAACUUGAGGAGACUUUAAUGUCUGAUGAGAAGAGCUGUACGUUAAGUUUACCUAAUGAUGUAGUAGUGAGCCAGCGGCAAGCUAAGAAGAAAAGCGGAAAAAAAAAGCCAUCUCGACAUAACAUGAAGAGACGAAUACAGGAAGUGGAAGAAGCGCAAGAACAUUUAACCGUGUGUAUUGAGGAAGACGAUAAGAAGAGAUUGAGGGAUUUCUUGUCUGCUGCUUUCUUUAACGUUCAACAGUCCUUGCCUGGUACUAGUGGCAAGGUCCUAAAAGCAAAAAGUGACGAUCUACAGCUUCUUGGUUACUGGCCUGGCCGAGACGACUACGAUAUAGAACAGAAUAAUGAUGCGGAACGCCUAAUCAGUCAGAUUGUCAUCAACCCAGGCAGUGGCUUUGAUGAACAGUUUGAGAAUGCAGUUAAAUUGGCUAGCAUCAGGUCCUACAAUCUUGUUUUGGCUGCUAGAAAUGCCAGUAAAAGAAUGAUCCGCGAACACGGGCUCGUGAAUUUGUUUUUUGAUAAAAUUAUGAAUGUUGGUAGCGAGAGUAAGUACCGUGGCUAUUCAUUUAACAAGCAGUACUAUACCAAGCAGCGAUUUCGUAAACAUUACGCCGAUUUCUUGAAACCAGUUCAUCAAGUUACUUUAAAGAGUGAAUUAGAGGAGCUGAUUGACAGUUUAGCAGCCAGAGAUACUUUGGCAGCAAGGGUGAAAGAGUUGCAGAAACUGAAAGAUGCGGGGAACACGGUUCUGCCGGGGCACCUAAAAACGGAUCUCGACAAUAUAAAAAUUGUGAAAAGGAAAAGAAAGACUUUUAACAGCUUAAGAAGGAAGGGUAUUUUAAAAUACAAUAGGUACAAACGUUGGACGCAGAAGCAUGCAGAAUCUGAUGAGUGA